UGAAGAUUCAACUGCGGGAGCGAGCUGGAUGGGAGACGACACGUUAGAUACUUCAGCUAAUAAUCAAGCAGAUCAAAGUUCAGGUUUGGCCUCCCAGCAAGAUACAAUACAAGACACAUUGCAGAAUUUACAGAGUGAUCAGUAUGUAUGGAACCUAACCAAUACAAUCUUACCGGGUGCUCCAAAACUACAAAAUGCUAACAAAAUGCAAAACAUUCAACCAAAAACAUCACAGCCUAACAAAAGGAACCCCCAGCAGUGUCACUUAUGUCUUAAAGUGUUCCCUUCAUUACAGAACUAUAGAUACCACAUGAAUAUCCAUACUGGAGAAAGACCAUUCGUGUGUAGUAUAUGCAAUGAAGGCUUCAAAAAUCCUGGUAAUCUAAGAAGACAUAAAUUGAAACACAAAAAUGAGGGUAUAGAUAAUGGAUCUAAACCAUAGGAGUUGUUGGCUUCUUGAGCAAAACAUUGCAACAUUUGGACAGAGAUUCGCCAGUAUGGAUCCAGAAUCGACAAAAUACUCAUUUGGGACUUCCAAGGAGGACCUCCAAAAAGCCAUACAAGCACCAGUGUAA